AUGAAGACAGAUCGAACGUACUUGCUCGAACCGGACGUCAGUAGGGGAUUGACGUUACAUAACCAUGACGACACUGAUGACGUUAUUCACGUCAUCUACGAGAGUCAGGAAGAACAUGACUUCAAAACCGACUACAUUGUGACUGAGCACGUGAAAUCAGAGUCACACGUUUUGCACGCCACGAGUACGAAAGGUUACACUCCACAAAAAACUAGACGGCGGAAAAGGUCUAUCAUCAACUACAAAGUGGAGUUUUUACCCGUGUUGGAUUAUCCAAUCUACAAAUUCUGGUAUGACCGCAGUAACGCCACCACUGCCGCCGCCAGGGACGUGGACGCUAUCGAGAACAUCCGGGAAUUUUACGCCUUCGUACUGAACUCGAUAGAUUUACGAUAUCAGUCGAUUGUGAGCACCACCAUUGCUAUACAAGUCGUGUUCGCUGGCAUAUUUAUCGCCGAUACCCCGAGUGCCUCCACUUGGACAGAAAACUAUAAGGUUUCGGCGACACCACGUGACAAAGUGGACGCCAGCGUCGCCUUGACGGCCUUCAAACAAUGGCUUGCGGUGCAAACGUCACUUCCGGCAUACGAUCACGCUAUGGCGUUUACCGGAUAUGAUCUAGUUCGCAACGGAUCCUCCUCAAUUGCAGGUCUUGCCUGGACCUCCGGGGCCUGUAACCACGCCAUCCCCUACGCCAACAGUAUCUCGCAGGACCAUUUUGACGCCGGCCUGGCUACUACAUCAGCUCACGAAUUGGGACACAAUCUUGGAUCCAAGCAUGAUGGCGAGGAUAACGUGUGUUCAGCAGACGACAAGUACGUCAUGUCUCCUAGCACCGGUGGCGUGACGGAUGCGCGCGCAAUCAACCACUUUAAGUUCUCCACGUGCUCAGUGACCCAGAUAGAGAGCUAUAUUGCGACGUUGGACAGAGACAACAACAACUGUCUCUUGACCUCGUCCUUUAACUCCUCAGCCCUUGACCUCUAUGACGGUUUUGAGGCAGGGCUUCUAUACAGCGCGGAUGUCCAGUGCGAGGCGAAUGUGGGCCCAGGGUCAUACUUUUGUAGGUCAUUGUACACUGAUAUUUCCGAGAUGUGUGCCCGCAUGAUGUGUUCUGUUCCGGGAAACAAUACGUGCAUCACAAACACUGCUUGGGAAGGAACCGUGUGCGGGAACCAGAAGCUCUGUCGCCGCGGAGUUUGCACAUGUGAUACGAAGGCUUCAUCGGUACCAGACAACUGUCCCCAGGGUGACCGGCCGGGUGCCUAUGUGAACAACAUGACGUGCAAGGCGGCGACUACAGCCAAUCCCAUGUAUUGUUACCAGGCCGCCUUCCUAAUCAACUGCUGUGAAUCUUGCCGUCAAUACUACAUUGGCGUUAAGGGUUGCGAGUAUGGUGAUCACUCCACUGGUUGCACACUGAGCAGCUGCCCGAAUUACGACGCAGCAACACUCGCUUCUGGUUGCUGCGGCACGUGCGGUAACACCAGCGCUACUUCCGGUAACUCGGUUUCUCCGAGCACGUGUCCACAAACAUCCACAAGCACGACUUCAUCUAUGACUACAUCACCGAUAUCCACAUCUUCAUCUUCUACGUCAAUAUCUACUUCUACAACUACUUCUACAACAACCACUCCCUCAACAACAACUAGUACAACGACUAUUAAAACAACCACUCCCUCAACAACAACUAGUUCAACACCGUCUACAAGAACAACAACAACAACUUCUUCUUCGACAUAUUCAACGUCAACAGCAACAAAGAUAACAACACUCGCUCCAUCUUCGACUUCAUCUACUGGCUCGACUUCAACUGCUGCACCUCUAGUAGUAACGCAGACCCCCACAACUUUUUCAACGAAGUCCACUGAUACAGCAACUGAAAAAUCCACCGCUUCUGGAACAAUGUUUUCAUUUUUAGUUCCAGUCUUGUGCAUAUUUACGACAUUCAUUUUAUUUUGAAAAGUGUUAAACUGACAAACACUAAGACAAACUAGUAUAAACUUGUAUAAAAUUGCUGAAUGUUUUUCUAACGGAUUUGCAUAGAUCCGAUGCAUAUAUUUAUAAUAUAAUUAUAUUUUAUACUGGAUCCUUGUUGCUCAAGGCUUCAAGUUUCAACGAGUCUUGCAAGUCAUAUAUGUUAGAUGUAAAGGCAAUACAUAUUAAAAGCAGCUUAUUUAUGUCAUGUGUUUAUAUUGAUGUAAUCAUAACUAUGAAACAUAAUAAAUUAACUCUUUGAAUUAAAUAUAUUCAUA